AUGACGACCCAAGCCCACGCCAUCACCCUCACAAAACUCAACCUAUCCGCCAUAUUCGGCGAGAAGGAUGUUCAAACUCGCCUGAAAACCAUAGCAGAUCUCUGGGUCUCGAGUCCAGAAGUCUUCUUCCUCGACUCACUGGGUGUUUUCAAGAGUCACGAAGCGAUUAGUGGAAUGGUGGGUACAGUUCAAGGGUUUGGCGGGCCGGACGAUGAAUUCGUGGAGCUGAAGACGUUGAAGCACGACGAGGAAGAUGAUGUUUGGGUCACGAGGGUGAAAUGGGGUGUCGGAUCUCCUGGAGGCGAGCUGGCACUGACGGGGUGGGAUGUUGUGACGAUAGUUGGCGGAAAAAUCAAGGCCUGUUAUACCUUCUUGGAUUCAAAAUAG